UAAUUCACCCCUUAGUUGAAUUUUUGGCUGCACUGUGAUUUAGUCCUGCAGAUAAUUUUUUAACUGUACAUCCCAAAUCAAAAACUGAAUUUACGCUGCAAACAGUUUGAAGCUAGCGGACCUAGCAGAAAUAUCCAAUUAUUGUUUCCUGGUAUUAAGUAAUAUUUAUUAUCAAGGUCCAAAACAAAAAAAUUAAGAAUUAAAUCCUUUAUUUUUUUCCUUUGUUGUACCUUUUUAAGUAGAAGUUAUGAACAUUCAAAAGUUUAGAGCGUACAACAUUUGCUAGUACUAUGCUUUUAUUUGGGAAACUGUCAGUUAUUUAUCUAGUAAUUCACAACCAAAAUCCAAUAAAAAUCUAGAUGACCGAGAGUUAAGCUGGCCGGCAACAGCCUUUCCACCCCCUUUCACCGGCUGGCUGUAGUGAAACUCGCAGCAGACGGCGUCACAACAUGACAUGUCGAGCUGGAUGUGCUCGGCACCACCUAACCACCCAACCACCCAGCUACUCGAGCCACCCCCUCGUCGGGCGGGAAAACAACCACCGUGCAUCCUUCGCCUGAGCUCUCUGUAACUCUCUCUCUGCGCAGUCCUCACACCAGCGAUGGCGUGCGCCUCUCGCUACAUCCACGAGGACUUCUUUGGAGUGCUGAGUGCCCUGUGUCCUGGCGCCUCGUGCUCGGCAGUGCGCUCGUGGCUUUAUUUUGGCUCUGGCCGGUGGCUCAAAGUCGCGUGGCAGUCAGUUUGCUGCCGUCGCUGUUCGUGGGUGAAAGUCCGGUCCGCUUGGCCUCACAGUUUUUUGCCGCUUUUCGUAGAUACUUCACACGGAAACCGCUCCUAUCCGGAUGCAAUUGUAUCUCGUGGAUUGUGCCGCAGUCGAGUGCCACUUGAAAAUUGUCAAAAUUGAAUUUACCGAACGUUAGUGAACAAAGGUCCUCCAAAUGGCCAUAACGAGUGUUUCGGCCUUUGUCUGGCUUCGAUUUUCGUACCAAACUCAAGAGCUAGCCGGAUUAAGCCAAAAGUUUCUGUAGAGAUACUUAAGUGCUAAGUGAAUUCACCAAAAGCAUCGCACUAUAGUGAACUACAUAUGUAUAUGUAUCAUCUGACUGUUUGAAUAUGCCUGGCAGGUAGACUUCUGCUUUUCCAUCCACCGAAAGGCCAACGUCACAGCAACUUUUUCCUCUGGCGAUGAGAGCUAAACAAAUGACACUCCUUCCAUGAGGGAUAGGGAUAGUAGGUGCCAUCAGCCCAUGCCAUCGCAAUCGCAAUUGCAGAAUGUGUGCCACCGACGUGGAACCUUCAGUAUCCUUAUCCUCCCACUGAGUGGCAGGAGGAGAUUCCUAAGACAGACACCUCUGAUUGAAUCGGCAAAGGCGACAAAAACGAAAACGAAAAGGAAAACCAGUACAAAAACGAAGGAAAUGCGGAAAAACUCAAAGGAAAUGGCGGCGAAUCGGAGGCGAAAGAAGACAAUCGGCAUGCUGACAUCGGGACUAAAAUCAGUAGUCAAGUGGAAAAUUAUUAUAUCAUCCAUAAUGUUGCUCUUAUUAAGUGGGACAAGUCACGUGCUGGCGGUGCGAAAGGGUCGCCUGAUGUCCCCCAGCACAUUCACCGCCCUCAGCGGGGACCUGCAUGUGCAGAUCCAGUUCAAUGGUAACGAGAUGUCCUCGCAGGAGGAGGAGGACGGGGAGCACAGGGACAGCCCAUCCAGCGUGGAGCACUUGAGCACUGACGGGCGGGACUUGAGGACCAGGAACAACACCAUAAUGAGCACUUUAGUCAUUAGCAAAAUCAUUGAUGAAGUGGAGUCACCGGUGGAAAAGGGUUUGACUGUAACCACCGAUGCAACCAAUAGCAGCAGUCAGGUGGUGCUCCAUCGAAAACGCAAGGAGGUGGUGCAGAAUAUACCGCUCUUUCCGGAUCCGCGAUUCAAUGUCACCCAGGUGACUGUGCCAUGUCAGACCUUCUUGAUUGGCGGCCGCUACGAGAUGCAGGUGGUCAGCAAUUUGAAGUCGGUGAAUCUGAGCGAGGUGACCACCACCUUGGUGCCGGCACAGGAUGAGCGAUUGCUCCAGACCCUCGAUGUGCGAUGGCCUAGUGCCGAGAUGAUCGUGAGUCCGGUGCGCCUGAGGACCUAUCCCAAAAAUCCCGUCGAGGUGACCCUACGGUUUCCCGAGGUAAACUGCAAUCAGUCGGGCAGUCUCGCGCUGCCGGAAUUUUGGCUAGAGCUUAUAUACUGCGGCAAGGAGCGCAGUUGCAGCCGGAACAUAACCCGUUCCAGUGUCCUCUUUGCGGAGCAAAUAAGGGGAUUCCCGAAAAACAAGAGCCUGCGCUUGGGCUGCGAAUUGUUUGGACUGGCCGGCAAUUAUGCCGUCCAGCUGAGACCCAUGAUUCCGGCCCAGAAUGUGCCCACCACCCGGAGGCUCCUCAGCGUCGAUUGGAGCGAUGAGUUCGUGUUCAACGUGUAUGCCCGCAGAAUUUUCCCCUGCGAUCCGCACACGGGUAUCGGUGUCCUCUACGAGUAUCCGGGAUGCAUUUUGGAGCAGGGCGACCGGGUGCGUCUGUAUGCCAAGCUGCGAGCCGAUGUCGCCUCCCUGAAGCCACCGACAUCGCUCCAUUAUGUCGCCGAGCAGCGGGUGGUCAAGAGCCAGCACUCACUGUACUUCGCCUGCGACCUAUUCUCCGAGAAAUACGUGGAGUACUGCUUCGUCUACGUCAGCCAGGCAAUUUCCGGAGCCGUGGCCGAUGUCCGGAUGGACUGCGUGCCCACGCUGCCCGUGAGCGAUUCGGAUACCGGUGGCUGGGGACCUUGGAGCGAGUGGACGCCCUGCUCUACGAACUGUCUGGGGGGAACUCGCAAUCGCUACCGAUUUUGCGAUUCACCACCCCCGCGAUAUGGCGCCAAAUUCUGCGAGGGUCCAUCAGUUGAGACCCAGAAGUGUGGCAAGAGCAUCGCCGAUACGUGGGACUGCAUUUACGAGACAUCCGGUACGGUCAUAACCAAAGAGAAUAGCACCGAGGUUAGCCAGGAAAUUGGACCGGGAUGUCGUUGCGGCUGCAUUGUACAUCUGGGCUCCUCGAAACCCAAAAGGAUCAUUGCGGGAGCCACACAAAGCUGUCCUGGCCGUUCAUUCUGGCUAAUACAGGUGGAUGGCGAGGAGAGCAUUUCGCUGGCACUGAGUUUCCUACGUUUGCCCUGUGCCUCCCAGUACAUAAAGGUGCGCGAUGGUCCGUCACUUUCCUCCACUUUGCUGGUGGAACUCAAUGGAGGUGGAUUGAUCCUCAAGGGAGUUGGCGUUCCAGUGGCCAUCGAGUCGAGUGGUGGCCAACUCCUGGUGGAAUUCUCCGCCGGCGAUGGCCAGGCGGUAAAUGCAUCCACUGCAACUCAGGAGGGAAAUGCAGCCUGCACCGGAGGAUUCAUGGCCAGUGUGCAGCAGCAGUUGGCAUCCAGGAACAGCAACAGUAGUACCACACUUGUGGCCGCCACCCGUUUGGCCGGCAAAACUCGAUCUAUAACCCACAAACCCAUGUCCAGACUUCGAUUUACCCUGGUGCAUCUGAGUGCCAUGAUCUUUGCCAGCAUCAUCAUCAUAAUAAGCGCCCUUUUAGGUGCUCAAUAUGUGGUGCGAUAUCGAAAGUACCACUUGGCAGUAGCUCGGCGACAGGACGAAGGAUCCCGGCUCCAUACUCCUAGGGCUUCGUUGAGUUCCCUGCAAGGACCGCCCUCACGAGCCAUGUCCACAACUACCCUGCUUUCGGAGGUCAUCUACAUGGUGAAGAUGCGACCCAAACACCACCUACGCCACUCCAUUCUUCGCGAGAGUGUGGACGCCGAAAAUCUCACCAAUGAGACGGAGUUCAAGGAGUCGGACUCUCAGGGAAUGCUUUCCAAGUGCGCUGAAGUCAAGGAGUUGGGAAGCUCGGCAUCCAUGGUCACUCUGCGCAACGAGCGAUCCUCGCCAGCGCGAUCUCUGGACACUGGAAGUGUAAUCGGUUCGCCCUCCUCCGCUGAGGCCGAGCUGGCCGCUGUACACAGCAGGACAGAUGGCUCCAAGGACUCGCCCAGCGAUGACCGAUUGGAGGCGCCGAGCUGCAAGGACAGUGCCAGGGACUCGGAAUCCAUCAUAUCCUCGGGCAUGAGCUCCCUGUGCAACAGUCCACCGAUGAACAGCAAGCGGCUGAGCAAGUACUCCGAUCGCUACGAUGCGGUGACCCUCAAGUUGUUGUCCUCCAGAUUGGAUGAGAGCCUGCAGGAUGCCAGUUCCCUGCACUCAGUGACCGAAUCCUUCAGAUUGGGUCGCCUGGGAUCCCGUAGUGUCAGCACUUCUCUGACGAAUGGCUGCUACUCUCCAGCUGCCAGCGUGGUGAGCACGGCCACUAUCAGGACCACCAGUAAUCCCAAGGAGUCCAAGGAGAAGCAAAAUCGUAGAAAACUGCUGGCCCGACCAGGUUCAGAAUUUUCGCUCGGUAACCAGGAGGAACUUGAGCUCGAUUACUACGAUUACAACGUGAUCAAUGCUGGGUCGGCGCCUGGCUCCUAUCUUGGAAUGGACCCGGCCUACCUUAUCUGGAUACCGCCCUUCGAAGAGGUGGCAGAACGGGAAGAGGACGACAAGACGCCGGAGCCAGAACCGAAUCCGGAGAGAGAUGAGCGGGAGCCGCUGUACGAGGAGAUCCGGAUGCCCAAGUACGGGCACUAUCUGAGUCCGGCCAGCAACACGGAGUCCAGCAAGUCCACUACGGCUGAUAAUACACCCAGUUCCGAGGAGCGAUCACCUCCGGACAGUGGGCGACCUUCAAAGGCCACCUCACCCUGCGAUGGAGCGGAAAAGGGAGCUAAGUCCCUGCCCAAGCAACCCACUCCAUUUAUGUCCAGAAAGCAGCGACGUCAGUCCAAGCAGCAGAUGCAAUCCAGUUUGUCAUUGAGCGCAGGUUCCCUCGAUCAUGAACAGCGAUCGGGAAGGAAUUCGAAAACCCCGAUUGAAAUUCCUGCAGUGCAUCAGAAAUUGGAAACCGAACUGGAACCAAACGACUCCAUGACUGGCUCUUAUGUUGAAAAGGAAACGGCUGUGGAAAAAUCUUCAGGGGAUCUGCAGGAGUUCCUAUCUCUCGAUGACAUCCAGUUUGCCGAUGAGAGUGGCAGCGAUUACGAGGCCGUAAACCUCAAGAAAAUACCCAAAUCGGAACUCAAUCUAAACCAGGAUGAUGUUCGAUCUAAGCUUCUUCGAAGAAAAGAGACAAAGUCAAAGGAAGUGUCUGUAUAACCCAAAAAUAUUAUUGUACAUAAAGUCAGCACAAGAAAGGCGGUAUAUGUUUAGCUUAGUUUACGAUCUUGUAAAAUACGGGUAAAUAUUAUAUAUCAGCACCAUAAGAAAUGUAGACCACCUGGAGUAAUUCUGUUUUUAAAGCUAAGCCUUAAGCUCGUCUCAAUAACAUGUAUACCUAAAAAUCGAAAAGAAUGUAGAGCAAGCUCUUAUCUAGUCUCAAAGCUCUUAUAAGGCUAAUCUGUUUAAUCUCUCGUUAAAAUGUAUAUAUCGUAGCUAAGGUUCACUGUAAUUUAAGUAUUUAUUCGCACAUGGCUAUGUAAACCACAAAAUUAUAUGGAACUAUUGAGUUAUUUAUACAAUUUUAUUUGGCAAUAACUUUGAAUUAGACAAUUGGAAUUACGAAAUUUUGUGAUCUUCAUUUUGUGCUUUGGAGCAUUGGAAAUUCUAGUCAAUAUGAUAGUCAAAAUUAAUUAGCAUUUUAAAAUCAAAAGAUGUUUUUGUUUUAACCAAAUAAUAAGCCUUUUUAUCACUUCGACCUGUAGGAAAAAAACUUAAAUAAAA